UGAUACCGGGGCGGAAUCUCGUUGAAAAUCAGCAGUAUUGUUUGAGAAGUGAAGUGAAACCGCAUUACGUUGUACGAAUGCUAUGUGCCGUGCGUUUACUGCGCUUUCCAGGGAAGGAACCUGUCACCUCCAAAACGCACGAUGGAAAAGCCCGACGACGCAUGCGCAGAGAGAGAGGAAAGCGGCCGGCUGAGUGCGGGAGUCGGGAGCGCACCGCUUGCACGAUCCCAGCCUGACAGCAGGAUGUCAAUCACACGCAUGUUGAAGAAGGGUUAUGACCGGACCCGGAAGCAGGCUGCGAAGCAGCAUAUAGUGAUGGGGGUUAAGAAGCUUCUAGAGAAAAAGUUCUGGCGGAGUCGCACCGAAAUUCCCAUCAUUAAAAAAUGGUCGGCUCUCAAGAGGAGGCACCUGGACUGGGUCAAAGAGCUCAGUGAGAGAGUCUGCCCAGGGCUUCCCAUUCCAACCGUGCGCCGCUGUGUGUCCCCUGCCGAUUUGGAUGUGGUGGAGGUCUCCGCAGAGGAGGAGGAUGAUGAUGAGCAUGCGGGCCCCUCCCACAGUAUCAUUGCCACUAACCCACCUGAUGUGGGCAAUGAUGUUGAGGUGGCAGAGGAAGAGCCCGGACCCUAUGAAGGGCAGGAAACCUCCACCCCAGCUCCUGCUGAGGAGGAUAUGCCCACCCCAGCUCCUGAUGAAAAGGAGGAGGAGGACUUAAUUACUACCCCACACCAGGAGGUAAUAAAGAAAAUAUCUCAGAAAAUUUUUCAAAUGAAGGAGGAUCACCGAAAAAUGGUCAAGGAAUUCCGUGCACAGAUUCAGAAGGCGACGCUAAAGCUGCAGGAAUUUGAUAAAAAACACCAAAAUGACCUGCAACAAUUGUUUGAGUUGCAGGAACAACUCAAAUAA